AUUAAAAAAACUUUAAUCGCAAAUGGCGUUGUCUAUUAUUUCGUCUGACACUUUUCGUUGUUAAAACCACGGAAUAUCUCGAUUUUAAUCAAUUAAACCUCAUUAAAAUCACCUAAACAGCAUCAUUUUUGUCGGAUUACCUACUAAAUUACAUUCGUAAACAUCCAAAUCAGUUCCACCAAGCUUAUUAAGUGUGGAAAUACGGUGUCGUUCAAGCGAUCGGUGGACGGAGUUUUUUCACAUGCUGUCGACUUGGAGUCUCUGACCGGAGGAUUAGCUUCAGGGUUGGUGAUGUCGUUCCCGCCGCGGCCGCCGCUGGUGCCGUACGGCAUCGCCACCGGGAUGGUCACCAUGCCCAUGACCACGCAUAUGAUGGUGGGUGCGUAUGGCUCAGGCUCCGGAGGCGGCCUGCUGCCCGCCCCAAGCGGGGUGGCGGCCAAGCCCGCGGUCAUCGCGCGGGGACCCACCAGGAACUCACAGAAUGGCGGCAAGGCUCAGGAUGGGCCACCCGUUACUGUGUUCAUUGGCAACAUAACCCCCCGCGCCCCAGACCCCAUGAUCCGGGCACUCCUCUCUGCCUGUGGCCCAGUGCUCAGCUGGAAGCGAGUCUCCUCGUUCGGCUUCUGCGAGUUCCUCGGCGUGGAGGCGGCGCUGCGCUGUGUGCGGCUGCUGCACGGGACGAUGCUCGGGGAGCGGGCGCUGGUGGCCAAGACGGAUGGGAAGAUGCAGCCGCUUGUGGAUAGUUAUAAGACGGAGCAGCGCUCCCGCCUGACGGGCUCGGACCCGGGUUCGAACUACCUGGACGCGAGACAGCUGGCGCUGGACGAGGCGGCGGCGCGGCGCGUGGCGGCCGCCAUGGCGCAGCAUCAGCACCAUAUUAAUAAUUAUGAGGUGCAUCAGAAAGAGGAACAAAUAGAGAAGACGAACCGAGCGCUCGAAGAAGCGGACAUAGAGGAGGAGAAGCGUGACGUCAUCCAUCGCGAGAUCGGCAAGUUUCGAGAAAGCAUGAAGGAGGAGGUUGACGUGGUCAUUCGUCGGAAGAAAGACAAAGAUGACAAGGAAGAGAAGAAAGAGAAGAGAGACAAGGAGAAGGAGAGAGACAGAGAAGGAGAUAGAGAAAAGGAACGCGAGCGUGACAGAGACAGGGAGAGAGAGCGCGGGGAGCGACCGGAGAGGCCGGAGAGAGCGGAGCGGGAGAGGGAGAGAGAAGGAAGAGGAGAACGUGAGAGGGAGAGAGACAAGGAGAGGAGGCGAAGGAGCUCGUCAAGGGGCAAGGAUCGUCGUGAGGAGCGGGAGAAGGAGAGGGAAAGGGACAGAGAGCGCGAAAGAGAACGGGAGAGGGAGAGAGAGACGCGCGAGAAGGAGAGAGAAGAACGUGACCGGGAACGGGAAAGAGAGCGGGAGAAAGAAAGGGAGCGUGAACGAGAACGUGAAAGAGAGAAGGAGAUACGAGAGCGAGAGAGAAACAGGGAGAGGGAGAGAGAGAGGGAAAGAGACAGAGAACGGGAAAGGGAGCGCGACCGGUCCCGCGGGCGCAGCCGCUCGUCCUUCGACUCGCGCAAAGAGAAGGAGAUGGAGGAGGAGGCGAGAGAGAGAAAGAGAGUCGAGAAGAAGGCGAGAGAGAAGGAGGCCGCCUACCAGGAGAGACUGCGCAAGUGGGAGUCCCGCGAGCGGCGCAAGGCGAAGGACUACGAAAAGGAGAAGGAGAGAGAGAGAUGCCGCGAGGAGGAGAGGGAGAGAGAGGCCAAGAGACUCAAGGAGUUCCUCGAGGACUAUGACGAUGAGCGGGACGAUCAUAAGUAUUACAGAGGCAAAGAGCUACAACGCCGCCUCGGCGCGAGAGUGAGAGAGGCAGAAGGAGACUCUCGGGAGAGAGAGAGAGAGACGGAAGAACUGGAGCAGCUGAGAAGAGCUAUAUAUGAGGAUAGAGAAGAUGAACAGGACGCUAAGGCGGCGUUUGAACAGGCGAAACGUGAACAAGAAGAGCUGUACACACCCCGUCUUCUAAUAGAUGUGAAUCUAGAGCAGUCGCAGCAAAGACAGAGAGAGGAGCUGAGAGCGAGGGAGAGAGAAGAGGCACGGCAGCAAGCCAGAGAGAGACUGGAGAGAGAGAGAGAGCGCUACCUGCGCGCGCAGGCGAGCCGCCAGCUGCCCGACGAGGCCGAGCCCAUCGACUCGGAUGAUAGCGGCGGCGGGUCCCCUCUCGCCGCGUCCCCCGCGCGCACCCCCUCCCCCUCGCCCUCCGCCGGCUCCUCCCCCCCGCGCCACCAGCACCAGGACAGCUCGGACGGCGCGACGACGCCGCCGCGGCCGCCGUCCGCCGAGCCGCCGCCCCGGCGACCCAGCGUGUCGUCCCGCUCCGGAGGCGCCACGUCCCCGCUCACCAUCAGCUUCAAGCAGAACAACGAGCCGCACGCAGGAGAGGCGCGCGGCGUGCGACGCGGCGUGCACGCGGCCUUCGCUGACGAAGAAGAAGAAGUUACGCAUACUAAGGAGUCGCAUAAAGCAGCGAAAGAGAAGAAAGAAAAGGACAAAGAGAAAGAGCGAGAGAAGAAGGACAAGUCUAAAGAAGAGUCUAAAUGCGCGGAGGAGAAGCGACGCCACAUCAAGAGUCUCAUCGACAAGAUCCCCACGCAGAAGGAACAGCUGUUCCAGUACAAGCUGGACACAGAACAGAUAGACAACACGCUAAUGGAGAAGAAGAUCCGUCCGUGGAUCAACAAGAAGAUCAUCGAGUACAUCGGCGAGCCCGAGCCCACGCUAGUGGACUUCAUCUGCAGCAAGGUGCUCGCCGGCGCCGCGCCCGCCGCCAUCCUCGAUGAUGUUUGUAUGGUGAGUGCAAGGAUGGGCAAGUUGGGAAAGUAG